AUGAGCAUCAGCAGCGACUGGAUCGACAUUGAAAAGAAAUAUUACGCCCAGACGGUACGCCGCCAGCCGGUGGUCAUCGUCCGAGGCGAUGGCACCGAAGUUUGGGACGCCGAUGGCAAGCAGUAUCUUGACUUCGUCGCCGGCUGGGCCGUGAACCAGCUGGGCCACAGCCACCCCGCCAUUACCCAGGCCAUCGCCGAGCAGGCCGGCACGCUGAUCCAGACUUCCAACCAGUUCUAUACCGUACCCCAGUUGCAACUGGCCGAGAUGCUCAUCGAGAACAGCUGUCUCGACCUGGUGUUCUUCGGCAACAGCGGCGCCGAGGCCGUCGAGGGCGCCAUGAAGCUGGCGCGGCGCUACGGCAAGCUGAACCGCGACGGUGCCUACGAAAUCAUCACCGCCUUUAACUCCUUCCACGGCCGCACUCAGGCCACCGUGGCCGCCACCGGCCAGCCUCACUACCAGGAGAACUUUGCUCCCCUGCUCCCGGGCUUCGUCCAUGUGGACUACAACGACGUCGAGGCCGUGAUGAACGCUACCACCGACCGCACCGCCGCCGUUAUGGUGGAGCCAGUGCAGGGUGAGGCGGGCGUCAUCAUCCCCGACGACGACUACCUGCAACGCCUGCGCCAGUGGUGCGACAGCCAGGGCAUCCUGCUCAUUCUUGACGAAGUGCAGACAGGCAUGGGACGGCUGGGCAGCAUGUUCGGAUACCAGGAGUACGGGGUCGAGCCCGACGUUAUGACCCUGGCCAAGGGGCUGGGCUACGGUGUUCCCAUCGGCGCGUUCCUGUCCAAGGCCCACUGCCAGGCUCUGGUCCCCGGUGACCACGGCUCCACCUUCGGCGGCAACGCGCUGACCACCGCCGCGGGCUACGCUGGUACCAAAUUCCUCAUCGAAAACGACAUCCCCGGCCAGGUGAAGGAGAUGGAGCCGUACCUGCUGGGCCGCCUGAACGACGUCAAGGACCGCUUCUCCUUUGUGACCGAGGUGCGCGGUAAGGGACUGCUGGCUGCCAUGGACUUCGAGGACACCAUUUCGCCGCAGGUGCUGGCGAACGCCAACGAAGCCGGCCUGCUGCUCAACGGCCCUCGCCCCAACACCGUCCGCUUCAUGCCCCCGCUGAACGUGUCGCGGGAGGAGAUCGACGAGGCCGCCGAGCGCCUGAGCACCGCGCUGUCCAAGAUCUAGCUCCCGCCCAUCCAGGUUUCGGACAUCGCAGGCAGGGGCGCACGGUGGCGCGCCCCUGCAGUGCCACAUAACUCCGGGCACGCUGUUUCUCCGCUGGCUUGAUUCGAAAAGUCGGGGUCACGAUGGUGAAGCGC